UGACAAGUAACUCUAACUCUUGCUACCACAAAUUUUCCCUGACCUAGUAAAGAGUGUUAAGGCACCUAAUUGAGACACUAAGAACUGAGGCCAAGACUGCCCAAGACUUCAGUCAUGCCUGGGAAUAAGAAUAAGAUGAGAGUUCAAGCCAAAACUGAAAAAAAGACAGGUGUACAGGCUAAAGCUGGAACAGAGAGGGAAGCUGCUGGUGCGGGCAAGCCUGUAGCUAAGACCCGGGCCAAAGCCAAAGCCAAAGCCGGGUCUAAGACUGUUCCACUGGCUGAGAUGAAGACAAUGUCUAAGAACAGGGCUGUGGCUGAGAUGAAGGAAGGAGCCCUGUCAGAGGCUAAGGCUCCAGCCAAAGCAGUGGCAGAUUGUAGCCCAAAGACUAAGGGUGACACUAGCAGAUCCACAGGUAAAAAUGAGGCUGGUACUGAUAGCUGCUUCUGGGCUGGGAAAGAGGCUGGGAUCAAUACCUGGGUCUGGAAUGCAGAAGAGGCAGGUAAUCGUCCCAGGGCUAAGGAUGAAAAGAAAACUACUGUCAGGGCCCGGGUCUCUGCUAAAGAGUCAGAGGCUGUGUCUGGGCCCAGCUGCAAGCCUGGGUCAGGGGCUGAGGAAGAGGAGGAAGAAACUGUUAUUGGGAACUGGUUUUGGGAAGGAGAUGAUACUAGUUUUGACCCUAAUCCUAAACCUGUGUGCAGGAUAAUUAGGCCCCAGCCUGUGGAUGAAAUUAAUGAAAAAAAUAGGCCCAAGGACUGGUCGGAGGUCACUAUCUGGCCUAAAGCCCCUGCUGUAACUCCAGCAGUGCUGGGAUUUCGAUCGCAGGCCCCGUCUGAGACAAAGCCUUCUUCGUAUGUUGUUCUGGCCUCAGCUGAGGAAAAUACCCGUUCUUUGCCUGCAACAACAGCUUGCUCUUCUAGGGGCGCUCGCUCAAACUCACAGCCUGUCCCUGAGUACCCAUUUGGAUCUGACCCUUGCAUCCAGACCCUGGAUGAAAUUAGACGCCAAAUCAAGAUCCGGGAGGUCAAUGGGAUUAAGCCAUUCGCUUGCCCUUGUAAAAUGGAAUGCUACAUGAAUUCUGAGGAAUUUGAAAAACUUGUUAGUAUACUGAAGUCAACUACUGAUCCUCUCAUUCAUAAAAUAGCACAGAUUGCAAUGGGCAUCCAUAAGGUUCAUCCAUUUGCCCAAGAAUUCAUCAAUGAGGUGGGUGUAGUGACACUUAUUGAAAGUUUGCUCAGUUUUCCUUCCCCCGAUAUGAGAAAAAAGACUGUAAUUACUGUGAAUCCUCCUUCUGGGGAUGAAAGACAACACAAGGUUGAAUUACAUGUUAAGCAUAUGUGUAAGGAAACCGUAUCUUUUCCAUUGAACUCACCUGGGCAGCAAUCUGGAUUAAAGAUACUAGGGCAACUGAUGACUGAGUCUGUCCAUCACUAUAUUGUUGCCAAUUACUUUUCAGAGCUUUUCAAUUUACUUUCCCAGGGAAAUCGUAAAACCAGAAAUCUUGUUCUGAAAUUGCUUUUGAAUAUGUCUGAAAAUCCAUCGGCAGCCAGAGACAUGAUUAACAUGAAGGCAUUGACAGCAUUAAAACUCAUCUUUAACCAGAAUGAGGCAAAAGCCAACCUUGUUACUGCUGUGGCCAUAUUUAUUAACAUAAAGGAGCAUAUCAGAAAGGGCUCAAUUGUAGUUGUUGAUCACUUGAGCUAUAAUACACUGACAGACAUUUUCCGUGAAGUUAAAGGGAUUAUUGAGGCAAUGUAAAAUCAGCCAGAAAGAGAGCACUUGGAACCAUCUCCUAACUGUCACACUGUGCAUCCCUGGAGAGCUGUGUAUAAUGUUUUGGUCAUUACAGUGUGAACAUUAUACAUUACAUCUUUAAACGAUGUUACCUGUGACAGGCUCUAGGUUUGAGCUAAACAGUUUUUGGUGUGUCAAAUGAAUGUUAUGUCCUGAGCUGAAGAUGUUUGUUGAUUUUUGUCUUGUCUACAUUGGCACAUAUUUAACAUUUUACUUAAGAGUGUGAACCAGUUCAUCAUGAGUAAGCUAGCUUGUUCAUUAGUUUCUGUGUAUUUUUGGUCUCAAUUGUCAAAAAAGAAAUUAUCUUUGAAUUUGUUAUCUAAUUACAGAAAUAAAGCUUAUACACACAAAUAGAUAACUAACAGUACCUGGAAUGUAUAUCUAUUUGUUCAUUGCCACUUGUGCCCUCUAGACACAUAGAGGAGACAGGGGUUAUAGUUCAUUGAAGAGGAACUCUUUUCUCCCUGUUCCAGCUGCAUCAGAUAUUCAUCCUACAAUGCAGAAAUAGCCCUGAAUCUCAAACAAAAUGUUCAUUUUUCUAUUUUGCUGCUACAAUUUUGCUUAAAUUGUCAGGCUAUUCCAUUUAUAGCAAACUCAUCUGACAGAAGAGAAGGGAGGCAGAUAUAGGGGGAACAUAUUUCUUUAAUACCCACACUGUCAGAUACUAUGUUGCACUUACAAGGUUUUUUUUCCUCUUGCAGUGAUUCUGUGAGCUAAGUAGUUGUAUUCUUAGUAAAACUCAUUUUUGUGGGUACCCUCCAGUGAGAACUGAAGAGAGUACAUACUUUUUCCUGGAUUCCCACAGCAGGCAGGUGGCAUAGGUGUUUUGUCUGACAUCAAAACCCAUCUCACCCUACUGCCUUACAGUCCUUUACUUUUUAGGUAUUUGCCUUCAAAUCUCAGAAACUUUGGUCUUAGUGGUUUAAUUUUGUAUUGGACAAUGUCCCUGCCAAGUUUUGUAGUUGUUAACCACCUCCAAAUAUUCUUAUC